GAAUACCAGCAUUGGGUAUCAAAACGCUACAGCCCAAGCGAAAAUCCCUUCGUAUUAUACACAAGUGUCGGAACUUUCAUAAGUACAAAAUGAAAGUGGAAAUGAUGAUACUUUUCGCGGGACUCAUCUGCGCUCUCUGCCUAUUUCACACACUCAAUGCAGCGCCUGCUGAUGCAGCAGCGCUAGAAAGUGAAGGAGAUAAGUUGGCUAUACUAGGACAGGAGCGCACAGUGGAAUUGAGUCGUCAAAAGCGCGCUACUUGCGAUAUUCUAGGCGGUCUCAAACAUUCCGCUUGUGCGGCGCAUUGCUUGCUGCGUGGCAAUCGUGGUGGCUAUUGUGAUGGUUCUAUCUGUCGCUGUCGAAACUAAGAGCAACAUGGUUGUCCUUAAUUUUGUUGUUAUGCAAUAUGUAACUUGUAUUUGAAA